AUGUCCUCAACAAAGCAGCGCGACGCGCCGCUGAACAGCCAACUGCGCAGCGACGCAACCGAAUCCACCACGGCAUCCGUCGCCGGUUCGCGACGUUGGCUGACCGUCGUGCUCGUUCUGGUUCCCGACAUGGGUAUGGAGUGCACCUUCAGCAUCAUCACGCUGGCGCUACCAGAGCUCAUGGAGGCAUUCGCUUCAUCGGCCACUGUCGCCACGUGGGUGGUCAUGGGCCCGAUGGUCGUGCGCUCCGUGUGCGGCCCGAUGUUCGGCACCCUCGGCGACCGGCAUGGGCACAAGCGACUGUGGGUCAUCGGGGCAUGCAUCGGCUGCAGCGCACUGCUGCUAUCGGGAUGCGCCACCUCAAUGGCGAUGCUCAUCAGCGGCCGGCUGCUGCAGGGUGUGGGUCAGGGCAUGACGAUGCCUAACGGUUACGCGUUGCAAAUCGCGGGCUUUUCCGAUGAGGAGAAGCCCCAGGUGGUGGGCAUCCUCAACGCUGGUGUCGUCGUGGGCCCAACGAUGGGCAUCGGCGUCGGCGGCAUCCUGCUACAGUACAUCUCGUGGCGCUGGCUCUUCCUUGGGCCGCUGCCACUCGUCACCGCCUGCGCCGCCGCGGCCUGUGCCAUCGCGCCCGCUGCCCCAGCAAAAGCGGCGGAGGGCGCGUUCGACAUGCUAGGGACUGCGCUGCUCGCGUUGGGCGUCGGUCUGCUGCUCAUCUCGCUCACCGUCAGCGGCAUCGGGCUGCCGAUUGCUCUGGCGGGCCUUGUAUCACUCGUCGCGCUCCACCCCGUCGAACGGUGCGCGGCGACUCGCGGCAUCGUAACCAUCAUUCCAGCAGGCAUCCACCGCGACGUGCCUGUCAUUGCCGUCGUGCUUGCAAACAUCUUCGACUCUCUGCCCCUCUCGCUGUCUGCGGUGAACGAGCUAGCGUGCGGGGACAGCGGCAUUGUGCACGGUGCUAAGUGCAUUGCCGCUCUUAACGGACCAUUGGCGGUGGUGUCGGGCACCGCCGGAGCGUCAAAGGGCAGUGGAACGGUUGCGGCGCGGCGCGGCCGCUUGGCGGCGGGCAUCGAUAGUGCCGCGGUGCUGUGGCCUGACCCGUUCUGCUACGCCGCUGCCCUCGCCGCCUGCCGGCGGGGCGGCCAGGCGGCUCGCGCCGUCGGCUUGCUCGCCCGCUUCGAGGAGAAGCUAGGGGGGGAGGCGGGCGGCGAGGACGCCCAGCCGACGGGCGGCGGGGAGGGCGAUCCGCUACGGGCGACGGAGGGCGGCCAGCUGCGGGCGACGCUGGCGCAUUUGCGCGAGGAUCGGCGGUGGAGCGGCAUCGAGGGGCGCGGUUUGCUGCGCGGCGCCGACGCGAGCUCGACCGCGCUGCAGCUGCACGCCGCUCAGCCGGCUGCCGAUCUGGCGGGCCAGAUCGAGGCGGACGAGGCGCUGCUCUCCGCUCUCGCCUCGUGCGGCGCCUGCGCCUGGCCCGCCCUCCUCGCCGCCUAUGACGACCUCGCGGCCGAGUCCAAGGCACGGCGCCCCUGCCCCCCGCGCUGCACGUCGCUUUUGGCGGGCAGACGGGCGGCGCGGGCGACGGACUCGGACCGCGCGCCGGAGCUCGCGGCACUCGCGGCGGCGGCCUGA